UGUAUUGAUCAUCAGCAAAGUGGCUCUGUUGACGAAUUGGACUCCACUGGUGCAUUUCAGUGCAGGAAGCUCUGUCUGUCUACGUGCAUUUCACCUCGUACUACCUCUCAUCCAGCCUACAUCAGCCGGACUCACAGGAUGCUGCGCUAAGAGACAUCAAGGACUUCACGCCAACAACAGGCAUUUGAGAAAUUAGAAAAAUGGCUGGAUUUUUCCAAAUGUUGAGAAAGAAAAAGGAGCUGAUCCCUCUGAUAGGGUUCAUGGCUUUUGCUGCAACAGGAGCCACCUCUGCUUCGAUCUACUUUCUACUUACUAAGCCUGAUGUUAUUUUGAAUAAGACCAGAAACCCAGAACCAUGGGAGAGAGUAGACCCAUCAAAACCCCAAAAGCUCAUCACCAUAAAUCAGCAGUGGAAACCAGUGGAGGAGCUGGAGUUGGUGAAGAGCCUCACUAAGUAAAAAAGGCGGGCACCUGCUAGAAAGAUCCACAGUCUACCUGCCUGCCCCCCAUCAGUCUAACAGAAUCCUUUCUGCACAAACUAGGAUGCUUUGACACUCAGUGUGCGGAAAUGCUUCUGCUCCACUGGUGGGGUUUCAACCUGCUCUGUAGUGGCUCAGCUCAAGGACAUCCAUCCACAACAGUAGAAAACAGAUAAGUCUAAGUGAAUAAAGACAAAUUUACUCUGGGUUUCUGUGAUUACAGCUAGAGAGGUAUGUUUAUAUUGAAUAAGUUGUGGUGUUUAAUUUGACAGGGAAGUUGGUAGUCAUAGCAACCCAGAGGCUCUUAAAGUAGAUGUGAAUGUACGAUAGUGUCUAAAUGUGAAAGAUAAAAUGUAAAUUCAGUAAGUAAUGUACUGUACAUUGUCAAUAAAUUAUUAUUGUGAUCAUGUUCAA